CAGCUGGUUGCAUGUCUGCAUUCAAACUUUUUGUGUAGCUGUUGCUGCUGCAGGACUUUGGUGUCAUUGACAGUUGGGAGUUUUUGUGGAUUUCCCUGUCCAUCAGCCGAGAGAAUUGCUGGUUGAUGGAGUCUGUGCGGCAGAGUGGGGCCUACUGCCACGCUCAACACCUUUAGACCUGGUCUGGGAUGAUGCUGUGUCAUGCUGUCCUGGUGCCAUGAACCCUGAGAGAUCUCCACCCUUUGCCUUAUGAAUCCACCAGCUCAUGGGGGCCACAAGUGGAACCCUGACACAAAACGCUAUCUGGAAAGAAAAGAAAGAUAGAGAGUAAACGAGAAAAUCAAACAAAAAACUGGAUCUGUGACGAUCACAGAGAUAAAGCUGACAAGAGUGUAUAGCCUUCUGGACUAUAGAAUCGUGUCAACAUAUGGGAUAGCCAUCUGGACAGCGCAGACUCAAAAACUGAGAAAAUAUACUGAAUACUUGGGAAAAAAAGAGGAAGAUUCAUCUGGAGGUGGAAUAUACGUGAACUGAAGCUGCUAACUGCUACAGCUGGAGCAAAAAGUGAGGACACACCAACCGUGCACAGCACCUACAAACAUCCUAACUAACGUGCUCUGGUCAGAGGUCAUCCUGCAGAGGGAUAUAAUAAACUAUAGCCACCAUGAAUCGUCCAGCUCCGGUGGAACUGUGCCACAAGAACAUGAGAUUCCUGAUCACGCACAACCCCACAGACAGUACACUCAACUCCUUCUUGGAGGUCUUAAAACAAUAUGGUGUCACAACAGUGGUGCGAGUUUGUGACUGCACCUACGACAAAACACCACUUGAGAAAGAUGGUAUUAACGUAUUGGACUGGCCCUUUGAUGAUGGAGCUCCACCACCAAGCAAGCUGGUUGAUGAUUGGCUGAGUUUGCUAAAGAAGAAGUUUCAGGAGGAUCCUGGAAGUUGUGUGGCCGUUCAUUGCGUUUCUGGUCUUGGAAGGGCUCCUGUGCUGGUUGCUUUGGCCCUUAUAGAAAGUGGGAUGAGGUAUGAAGAUGCUAUUCAACUCAUAAGACAGAACAGACGAGGAGCCAUCAACAGUAAACAGCUCACCUACUUGGAGAAAUACCGAUCGAAGCAAAGACUUCGUUUCAAAGACUCGCACGCGUUGAAGAACAAGUGUUGCACUAUGUGAAAACCCACGGACAUGACGCACCUUCGAACAAAUGUCUCAGGAACCCAUCAGUAAAAACGUUCUUGUUGUCGCACACACACACACGCACGCACACACACACACACACACAAAAACAUUGACAUAAGGCUCCUUUUGCCCAUCUGCCAAAGCAUGUUAUUAA